AUGUCAUCAUAUUCACAGAUUAACAAUUUGCCUCCACAGAUUUCCGUAGGUGAAUAUAUUUUUCAUAGAUUGAGGCAAUUGAAAGUAACGACAAUAUUUGGUUUGCCUGGUGAAUUUAGUAUGCCUUUGAUGGAUAAAUUAUACAGAGUUCCAGAUAUGAGAUGGGCUGGUAAUACUAAUGAAUUGAAUGCUGCUUAUGCAGUUGAUGGAUAUUCCCGGUUGAAACGUUUAGGCUGUAUAAUUACUACUUUUGGUGUAGGUGAAUUAUCUGCUAUGAAUGGUAUUGCAGGGUCAUUUGCGGAACAUGUUGGUCUGUUACAUAUUGUAGGUAUGCCACAAACUAGUGCCACGACUAAACAACUACUUUUACAUCAUACACUUGGGAAUGGGGAUUAUGAAAUAUUUUAUAGAAUGGCUAAUGAUAUUACAUGUUAUACAACAAUAAUUAUAGAUUCCGACUUUUGUGCUGAUGAAGUCGAUAUGUGUAUUAGAAUGGCUUGGGUAAAACAGAAACCGACGUAUAUGGGGGUUCCAUCAAAUCAAAUAGAUUUACAAGUAGAUUCUGCUCGAUUAGACAUAGAUUUAGAUCUUCGACUAGAUUCGUUGAUCAACACUUCGCCAAUUGAUGGUAUAGAUAAUAAGAGGACACAAAGUAAUGGGUCAUUUGGACAAACUGAUUCACAAAGGAUUCAAGAUGAUAUUACAAAGACUAUAUUGAAAAGAAUAUAUGAAUCGAAAAAUCCCGCCAUAGUCGUGGAUGCAUGUGUAGCGAGGCAGGGGCUUCUAAGAGAAACUCAAUUGUUUUGCGAAUUGACUAAGUUUCCCACAUUUGUUACUCCGAUGGCUAAAGGGAUAAUAAAUGAAGACAUGCAAAACUUUGGUGGUGUGUUUACUGGAUCAAUAUCCUCCCCUGAUGUUAGAGAGAUUGUGGAUUUUGCCGAUUUUGUUAUUGUGAUAGGUUGCGUCUUAGAGGAAUUUAGUACAUCGAGUUUCCAUUUUAAUAUUAAAUCAAAGAAUCGAUUAUUUAUAUUUGAUGAUUCUGUAAAGAUUAAAAAUGUUGCAUAUCCAGAGAUAAAUAUCAAAAAUUUAUUAAAAAAUGUUUUAUUCGAAUUAGAUCAAUCCAAAAUCAAUUAUACAUUCCAUAAGAAUCUAGAGAUCCAAGUACCGAGACAUGAGCUCACUAGAGAUCAAUUACUUCGACAGGAAUGGGUCUGGGGUGAGUUCUCCCAUUGGUUUAGACCAGGGGAUAUCAUUAUCACAGAAGUAGGUACAUCGGCAUUUGGGAUCAUACAGACUAAAUUUCCCAAGAAUACAUGGGGUAUUUCACAGGCAUUGUGGGGUUCUUCGGGUUAUUCAUUAGGAGCAUGUCUUGGUGCCUCAUUUGCCGCACAGGAAUUGGAACAAGAGGCAGCGAUAUAUGGGAACACUAGUAGUGGUGAGUUAAGUCAUAGAGUAAUUCUGUUUGUUGGUGAUGGUGCAUUCCAAAUUACAAUGCAAGAAUUGUCUACCAUUAUAAAGGCAAAUUUAAAACCUUACAUUUUUAUUAUGAAUAAUCAAGGUUACUCCAUUGAUAGAUUUUUACAUCAUAGAGCAAAUGCCAAAUACUAUGAUAUUCAGCAAUGGCAUUAUCUAUCCUUGCUUUCAGUGUUUGGUGCUACGGAUUAUGAAACGAGAAAGAUUAUCACAAUGGGAGAUCUACAGGAUAUGUUAGCCGAUCAAAAUUUUGCGAUUAAUGAUAAAAUUAGAAUGUUGGAAGUUAUGGUUCCAUCCAUGGAUGUUCCUCAGGCAAUUAUUGACAAAUGGCAAAGGGAAAAGGAAGGUAGUAAUGUAAUUAAUGAGAAUGAUCGUCCUCAUUCCAUCGAAACCUCGAAUAGUGAUAUAUUGAGUUGGAGUGAAUCCCCUUUAACAGAACUGGAACCUGAACGUAAGAAAAGACAUUUGUAA